CGGUAGCGCGGGCCGGGAUGCGGCGCUACCUGCGGGUCGUAGGGCUGUGCCUGGCCUGCGGCUUCUGCUCGCUGCUGUACGCCUUCAGCCAGCUCGCAGUGUCCUUGGAGGAAGGAGCGGCCGGAGGACGCAGGCCGCAGGCCGCGGCGAUGGUUUCCUGGCUGGCGGACGGCGAACGCGGCGGCCCCGGGAGAGGCGCGGGCAGCGCGGGCUCGGGCCGGCCGGGCAGGUGUGCAGGCUCCUCUCUGUGUCACUGGAGUCCCUAUUGGAUGCUGCCCUCUGCUGUUUGUGGAAUGAACUGCUUUUGGGAAGCGGCUUUUAGGUAUAGUCUGGAGACACAGCCCACGGAGAAAAUGCACCUUGCGGUUGUCGCCUGUGGCGAAAGACUGGAAGAGACGGUGACUAUGUUGAAGUCAGCUCUCAUUUUCAGCAUCAAGCCCCUGCAGGUCCAUAUUUUUGCCGAAGACCAACUACAUGAUAGCUUUAAAGACAGACUUGACGGCUGGUCAUUUCUGCAAAGAUUUAACUAUACUCUGUACCCCAUCACCUUCCCGCGAGACAGCGCCCUGGAGUGGAAGAAGCUCUUUAAGCCGUGUGCUUCCCAGAGGCUCUUCUUGCCGUUAAUCCUGAAAGAAGUUGACUCACUGUUGUAUGUUGACACUGAUAUCCUUUUUUUACGACCUGUCGAUGAUAUUUGGUCAUUACUGAAGAAAUUUAAUUCCACACAAAUUGCUGCGAUGGCACCCGAGCACGAGGAGCCUCGGAUUGGAUGGUAUAAUCGCUUUGCUCGGCAUCCGUACUAUGGGAAGACGGGGGUGAACUCUGGAGUGAUGCUGAUGAACUUGACGCGGAUGAGGAGGAAGUACUUUAAGAAUGACAUGACAACCGCCCGGCUGCAGUGGGGCGACAUACUCAUGCCGUUGCUUAAAAAAUACAAACUGAACAUCACGUGGGGUGACCAGGACCUGUUAAAUAUCAUGUUCUUCCAUAAUCCAGAAAGCCUGUUUGUCUUCCCGUGUCAGUGGAACUACCGACCAGAUCACUGCAUAUAUGGGAGCAACUGCCGAGAAGCAGAGGAGGAAGGGGUCUUCAUUCUCCAUGGAAACAGAGGUGUUUACCAUGACGACAAGCAGCCAGCCUUCAGAGCUGUGUAUGAAGCACUGAGAAAUUGUUCUUUUGAAGAUGACGCCGUCCGUUCCUUAUUAAGACCUUUAGAACUGGAAUUGCAGAAGACAGUUCACACAUACUGUGGAAAAACGUACAAAGUAUUUAUCAAGCAGUUGACGAAAAGCAUAAGAAACCGUUACGACACACCGCCAAAGGAAAGGUGAUCUGCAGGAGGGAGAGCAGCAGAGGAGACGUGAAGGAAUCAUACUGGAGAAGGAGUUGGAAGGCGUUUCUGUCUCUGGGUCAAUCGUCUUCUGAAGAAGUUAGAAGAGUAUUACGUUCACGCCAUGAAGAAUAAGUUAAACUCUUGUCUCCAGUAAGAAAAUAAGUUUGGUCUGAUAUUUUGUAUCAUUACUUGGUGUCAUUCCAGUGUUAAUGAAAACAUUGAGCAGUGUGGCCAGUGGAGCUGUGUUGGCUCUUGAAUCAAGUAAGUGAGAAGAGUGGGGGGAAUGGAUGGAGAAAUGUACCUCGAACACAGUGGAGACACUCAAGCUGUGAGUAUAGCAAUAAUUGUAUGUCAGCACUAACCUCACUUUAAAGUGUGAGAAAAAAGUUUACAGGGGCAGAGAAGUUCUGUUUCUUAAGAAAUGUGAUAUAACCAAUGUAACCAUUGACAAUCUAUGUACCUGCAUACAUUUCAUCUCUCUGCUACAAUAUUUUGUGACAAUCAUGUUUAAAAUUAUUUGUAGAUUUUUAAGUAAGCUGCACAUUUAAAAAUUAGCUGUAUGAGAAAGAGGGAGAAAUAGUGAAAACUUGGGGAGGUGUUUGUAUGUGGUGUGUGUGUGUGUGUGUGUGUGUGUGUGUGUGUAGAAAAAAAUUAAGUGUUUUUAUUUUAUAUGUUUUAAACUGUCUUGCCAAACCUAAGCUCUAAGAUAUUUGGGGACAUUUUAAAAAUCACUUUAAGUGAAAAAUUUCAGCUUUACUGGGCAUUCUGGAAGCAAACUAUAUUACGUUGAUAAUAAAGUGAGGACCUUAACCACAACACUAACAGGAUGGUGGAAAAUGCAACGGACCAAAUGUAUAAGCCUGUGAGAUUAAAGAGUGGUCCAUUUAGACUUUAAUUCUACCUCAAAGUGCAUUCCAGGAUCCUUUUGAAGAGACAAAUGCAGAGCCUUACUUUAGAUUAGAUGGUUGUGGUGGACGUUUCUGAGGAAGAGGAUUUUUAUAUCUAGCUUAGAAAAAGUGGUUUUACUUUGGGUAAUGUGCAUAUUUCCUGUUUUGAACAUCAUUGAAGACUGUUGCCUUUUGAAAAUCUGGAAGCUGAGAAGAAACAUUACUCCUUGUCCUUUUUGUCUUGACAUCUAAUGUAGCUGUGGGUUUGGAGUGGGUAGCAUGUACUGUGCUGGGGUACAUGUCUCAUCCUACCCAUUGCUCCUAGGUUAUUGUCUUUUUCUCUUGGGUUUUUAAUACUUACAUGGAGAAAGGGAAAUUAUGAAGGAACCAUAUCAUUUGUGAAGAUCCUGUAUCUUCUGCAGUGGAAUAUUCAAAAGAAGUGACCAUUACAGUUGUUCCAACUUCUGCAGUCCAGCCAGGGACAGACUGAAGAAGGUUUAAAAAACAAUAAAAGUGUUUGUACCUUUUUGUGCCCAGAAGAGGGAUUGUUGGCCAGCUCAGUACACUAGAACAGAUCGGCUGAGAGUAGCAGCCAUGAUUCCUUGGCAGAAUGUCAUGGAAGGAAGAACCUGUGAACUGUGUUAACAUUUAACUUGUUAGAUAGAAAAAUGAGAACCUCUCCUUUGAAGUUUUGCUGAUAAUCUGAGGGAGACUGCUGAAAACAAAUAACCUAUGUAUACUGUAACCAGGAGUCUUCAAGAAUUUUUUAAUUUGAAGAGAUUAAUUUUGUUUUGUUUUGUUUUGUUU